AUGGCUACACUAUUUUUCAAAAAGUCCCGCAUUAAUUUUGUUAACAGUUUUGAGAAAUUGGACAUCACACCUAAAUCAGCUCAGCGUAUAAAGCCUGUGCUUGAGCGUUGGUUGGCAGAUCUCGAAGGUCGACGAGUUGGAGAAGCACCGAUACUUCCACAAUCUUCUUCCUCCACAUCGGGUCUUGGCGAUGGAAAUAGUGUUUGUGGAAGUUUUAAUGGCAGCCCUGAAGACAACACUGGAACUAACUUUGGCAGUGGUGUCAUGGAUGGGAACGGAAGCGCCAUUUAUCGUAUGGACUGCGAAUCAGAUGAAUCUUGUGCUGGAAUCCGAAAAAGAAAGAGCAGGACAAACUUCUCUGCAGAUGCUCUGGAUAGACUGAAUCAUGAAUUCAACAUCAAUAUGCAUCCUUCAGGUAAAAUCUAA